CCAUAAAGCACCCCGUUCGCUGUCGCAAACAAACGCAGGUGGCGGCUGCGAAGGAGACCUUAGCAACGGGUAUAGCGACCUCCCUCCCUUAGCAACGGAAAGGCAAAAGCAUGGCCGACGAGCAAGGGGCCAUCGGCGACCACCACCCUCGGGUGACCGAGGUCAGCCAAGCGCUAGCCCGUCACCUGAGCGGCCUGCAGGAGGAGUCUCGGCAGGCCCGGCUGCAGGCCCUAGCCGGCAUCCGCCAGGCGGUGGUGGAGCAGCCCCUCUCGCCGCCGGUGCUACAGGAGGUCUUCGUCAAGGUGCUGCUCCGACCUUUGACGCGCUGCCUGGUGGCCGACCCAGCCGAGCGCUGCCGGGAGCUGGCGCUGGAGCUGACCCGCUACAGUCUGAGCCAGGGAAAUUGGCCGGCCAAGGCGCUGCCUUUUCUGGUUCCGGCGCUGGCGCAGCGCCUCUGCCUUCCUCAGGGCGACGGCGAGGCGUGCGAGGAGCUCCGCCUCGGCCUCGUACAGCUCCUCAUCCUCCUGCUCCAGGCAUGCGGGAGCGACGCCCUGGCGCCUUACCUGCCCGAGCUGGUGCGUGCCCUGCGCAGCGCCCUCCUCGACCCCUACCCGCAGGCCAAGCGCGAGGGCUGCACGGGCGCCGCCGCCUGUGCCAAGGCCAUGCCAGACUCUUUUCACAUGCAGUCAGAAAGUCUGAUCAAUCCCUUAAUGCAAGCAAUUUCCCACCAACACUAUCGAGUCCGUGUUGCUGUCAUUCAGGCCACAGGAGCAGUGAUACAGUUUGGUGAUGUGAAGUCUCUGGAUGAUGUGCUCUCUCAUCUAGCUCAGCGGUGUUUUGAUGAUAUCCCACAGGUUAGAGAGGCUGUUAUUGGUGUUGUUGGAGAGUGGCUACUGCAUCUGCGGGAUAGAUAUUCUUAUUUUCACAAGUUAAUUCCUCUGCUGCUCAGCGGCCUUACUGAUGAAAUACAUGAGAACAAGGAACUGGCUCUAACUUACUGGAAGAAAGUAGGUUUGCAGUGGGAAAAAGAAAAUGAAGAUGAUAUUAAGGAUAAACUUGACUUCUAUGUUGCACCACCUUAUUAUCCUCCAGGAUUGACUCGUCUAGAUCUGGGAUGUCGGGAGCUGGUGACCAGAAACGUCUUCAAAAUACUUCCAGGUCUCUGCCAUGAUCUCACUGACUGGGUUGAGGGCACAAGAAUAAAGGCAUCGCAGCUUCUGGUUAUAUUGUUGCAGCAUGUGGAGGACCACAUUACACAGCACAUGGAACUCCUCCUUAGGACUCUGUACCGUGUAUGUUCAGAUGCAGAAAGUAAUGUGGCUGGGAAUUGUAUGAAAGCAGCUGAGUUGAUUGGAGCCUUUGUCAGCCCAGCAGUGUCUCUGAAGUUAAUUGUGUCUGACCUUGAAAAAGCACCCAUGCCAUCUUACCUCAUGAUUCUAGCAGCAGUUAUAAAAGGUUCCCCAAGGAAAGUCUUGCAGCCUCAUUUAGCGUACCUUGCCAACACACUGUCUCAGCCGGAAAUAAGCCAGCGGUCUGAAGAGGUCUUUUAUGUGGAGCAGCUGCUUUGCUGUGUGGAAGCACUCACUGAAGUGUGCCAAGAAGACUGUAAAGAAAUAAGCCUUCAGCUAACAAAGGUUUUGGUAACAAUAAUGGCAAUACCAAGUGCCGGACCCAUUCAUGAAAAGUUAGAGGAAGCAAUGAAUGCAUUGGCUGAGGUGCAGCACUUGAAGGGUCCUGUUGGACUGUAUCAACAACAUAUAGUUCAGCUGAUGAAAUGGGUAUCCUUAACUCAUGAUAGUUGGACCUGCUUCUCUCCAGAAUUACUACAGUUAUAUGUAAUUGCUACCCAUUCAGGCCCUGUGAUUGGUGAAGCUCUUCAGGAGUUUAUUCUCAUUCUUAAAACAUGUCUUCAGACAUCUAGAGAUCCUCGGAUGCGUCUGAAGCUAUUUAGUACUUUAUCCCAGUUGCUUCAAAAACCAAAUGAAACAGUCAAUUCUCAAGGGCACUUUUGUAACUACCUUGAGAUCGUGAUAAAAGACAUCCUGGCUCCUAAUCUUCAGUGGCAAGCUGGAAGAACAGCAGCUGCCAUCCGCACAACGGCUGUAUCAUGCCUCUGGGCUCUUAUUUACAGUGAACUGCUUUCACCAGAAGAGAUGCUGAAAGUUGAAGAUGUACUACUGCCCAAAAUAAUUGGCACCCUGGAGGAAGAUUCCAAAAUGACACGCUUAAUGUCUUGUCGAAUAAUUUGCAUUUUUUUACAUGGCUGUGUAAAACAGUUUGAACUCAGCAAAAUUUACCCAGAACUCUUAAAGCGUUUGGAUGAUUCAUCACACGAGGUCCGACUUGCAGCUGCUAAUGCCUUGGUCAACUGGUUCAAAUGUAUAAACAGUGAUGAAAAGAAAGCCCUAUUGAAAGCCAAUAUUGAGGUUCUCUAUCAGGAACUGUUGGUUCACCUGGAUGAUCCUGACCAAAAUAUCCAGUCUGCUGUUUUAGAUAUUUUGAAAGAAGGAGGUGUUCUCUAUCCAGACAUCAUGGCAAAAGAAAUUGAAGCAGUUGUGCACAAACAUCGUAGCCCGACCUACUGUGAUCAACUGCUGCUGCACAUUGAAUCAACAGGCUGGAGAUACUCAAAAUCAUAAAUGCCUUAAUGGGAAUACACAAAACUCUUAAAUUAGGAGUGGAGUUUUCUUCUCAUUUGUGCCAUAGAAUGUUGCCACUUCAAUAAAUGGAGAAAUUUCAUCUGACACGCUCUGACAUUUGUGUGUGUGUGUGAAAAGAUUGUAGCUUUUUUACCUGAAAAAAAUGGAAAAGACAAAUGUAUGAAUAAGAGUUCAUUUGAUCUACAAUACAUUGUUCCAAAUCCUGUGUCUUACCAUCUCUGUGGUGAACCUUGGACCACUAAAUGAUGUUACAAUAGGUUACUCAGCUAUGUAUCUUACAAGUUACUAUGCAUCUUGCAAAAUCCAUAUGUCAAAUCCAUUUUUGGCCUUGGUGGUUCUUUAAAAGUAUUGCGUUUGGAUCUCUAAAGCAUGAAGCAUUUAGACCCUGAGCCUAGACAAUCUUUACUGCAAAGAGGAGUGGCAACUGUUUUGCAUUUGAAUUAAGACUGAAUGUGUCCAGCCAUGACAGCAGGGAGCAGAAAAUUAACUUGUUGAUCUCCUUGCACUAAAAGUCAUGUUACCUCAUUUCCAGUAAUAUAAAUACCUAAUUUCCUGGGCUGCUUUGGUUGACAAUGGGAUGAGCUUGUAUUGAUCUGUACAAAGUUAUUUAGGUUGUGUUUAAGGCAUGAAUGAAUGACUCAAACAGGGUUUGAAAAGGAAUGAAUGAAUUACAGAGAAGAAUGAAAUUAAUGGUAUAUCUGUCUUGAUAUUCAUUAUAGUUUGGCUUGCUGCAGUGUUUUGUUUUUCUGUACCUCAGUGCCUUUAUUAAAUGAAUCACUUUCUUUAUUGGU